UUUUAAUUUGAGUUACAAGUCGGUUUUUUUUCCCCCUCAGACUAAUUAAUAAUGAAAAGUCUAAACGAGCGAAUUUUUUUUCCAGGUAGCCUGCAAUAUAAUGCGCUUGUGUAUCUAGAGCUUCAUUUGAAAGAGGAAGCACGGAAGUAAAUAUUUGUUACUAUUUCCUCAUAGUCGGAUUUUCCCUGAUGGAUUCUACAGGUAUAAAUUCGCUUACGUUAAGCAGUGGAGGGAAACUAUAGUCUACCAGGCGUGCCUGACACAACCUGGGCACCAAACUUAAGCAUAACUGCGCGUCGACGGAGUUUUAAUAAUAGACUGCGCCUUCAACAAAUAAUGUGGCCUCCGCUGCUUUUUGGAAUAUUUUUCUUCAUUUUGUCGGAGAACAUCGUGAAGGGAAAGAAUUUGGGAUGUUUCAGCGAAUGUGAACAUGGGUUCAACAAGAUCCACAACAAGCUGCUCCAGGCUCUGCACGCGUACAGACACCAGCCGCUCCGGGCCGUCCAUCAGCAGGCGGGCUCCUGUGAGGAUUUCGCUCGGUCUUCAUCGGCAGCGCUCAGAGAUCGCUCACUGUCCCCCUGGCGGAUAAGGACUGUGGAAAAUCCAGACAUGUACCCCUCACAGUACGAGGAGGCAGAGUGUUUGUGUGAAGGGUGCAUCAUUAACGGGGUUGAAAAUAGGUCCUACAACUCGGUGCCUGUGAAGCAAACUCGCUUAUUCCUGAAGAAGGUUCCUUGCCCAUCUGACCCGAAGAAAUACUCCUUAGAGUAUAAGCUUGUGUCAGUGACUGUAGGCUGUACCUGUGCGGUUCCUCAGCAGUAAGAGAGGAUAAUACUAUAUAGACCACAACUGUAGAGACGUGUCUCAUGUACCAUGUCGUGUUUGUUUUAAAAUGCAAUAUUUGAUAAGGUACUUACGUUGUUUGAUAUGCUUAUAUUUAUAAGCUGAAAGGUUGCAUGUGUCACAUGGUUUAUUUUUUUGAGCUUACAAACCAACAUAAUCUUUCUUGAAAGGAAGAUAUUGUUGUAAGGUAUUUUUAUUACUGUAAAACACUACUUUAUUUAGACUUUAUUUAUUUAUAUGAUAAUAACUUAUUUACUAUUUAUUUAACUGUUACGUACAUUAUGCAGAUAUGUGAACUUUUGAUCUGUUGCCUACCUGUCCUUGUUUAAAUCAGGUUGAAAUUCAACUCUGUCUGUGACAGGAAUGAAGUUUGUUUCAGUGAGAACGAUAAAACGUAUUAUUAGUAUGUUUCCCCCUCAACUUUGCAUUUUGUUCAGAUGUUAUUAUGUGCAUAUUGUGCAAAACAACAAUAAAGUCUAUGCUGAUUUUCACUA